AGACUAGCUCAGUGGUUGAAUGGACGUCUUGCUGUAGUGAAGGCUUCGCUUUUACUUAGAUCUUGAAACAAUAUGAGAAACUCAAAUUUGCUGAAAUGGGCCCAGAAUAAACAAAAUGAUAAAGGUAAUAGAAACUGGUUACACCCACCAGACACGUUGCAAAAGGGACAUAUCGCCUACCUCGUUAAGUUUCUAGGAAACACUGAAGUUGAUCAGCCAAAAGGUAUUGAUGUCGUUAAGGAAGGAAUUAGAAAACUCAAGUUUAACCAACAGCUUAGAAAAGCUGAAGGAACCAAAACACCAAAGGUUGAACUAACUAUAAGCAUCGAUGGUGUCGCGAUUCAAGAACCAAAAACUAAGAGAAUUCUGCACCAAUAUCCUCUCCACCGGAUAUCGUACUGUGCUGAUGAUAAAGGAGAGAAGAAAUUUUUUUCAUUCAUUGCGAAGGACUGCCCCGAUUCCGAGAGGCAUGUGUGUUUUGUUUUUGUCAGUGAUAAGCUGGCAGAGGAGAUUACGCUCACUAUAGGACAAGCUUUCGAUCUAGCAUACAAGAGGUUUGUCGAAACUAGUGGUAAAGACCUGGAAGUGCAGCGAAGGAUGAUGGUGUUGCAGCAACGAGUGAAGCAGCUGGAGCACGAAGCUUCCACACUGAGGCAGAGGCUUUCUGAUGUUCUCAAUGGCCACGCUAAUGAUUUGGAAGGUUACAUGAGGCGGAAUAAAAUAAGCAAUAUGCUUACAGUUCCUUCUUCAGAAGAUUCCACAACUCCAGUCAAUUCUUCUUCUGCUCCUACUUCCAAUGGGACUUCCGAGAGUAAUGGUUUGCUCCUCAACUUGAAUUAUAGUAGUAAUAGUUCUUCAAGUAGUACCAAUUCGUCGGGUUCCAGCCCGGGAGUUCCUCCUGUCCCACCUAGGGCUUUUGAAAAAAGCUCAUUUAUCGGUGAGAUCCCGGCUGUUGGAACAAAAUUAGAAGGAUUGCUUUUAGAUGAAUUAGAUGAUGAUUUCAAUCCAAGAGCAUUUGAAAAUUCCAACACUUCCCCAAUUACUAAUGGAAAUCCUCCUCUGUUGGCUCCUCCACCAAAGCCGCCAAAGAAAAGACCUGAGCCUACAGCUUCGCCAACAUUAGAAUCUGAUCCAUUUGGGAUGGGAGAUUUUGGCAGCGCACCGGUCGAUUUGGAAAAUGCAAUCGGUCUGCUUGAUAAGAGGAUAUUAGAAAUGAAGGAUGGAUUUAGCAGAGGACUUUCAAUUGGAAAUGAUGAUUUUUCUCUAGAAUCUCUAGAUCCACUGAGAAAGUAACAAAGAAGCGAAUGAAUGGAUAGGAAAAUUAUCAUGCUUUAUUAUUAAUACAAUUAUUGUGUAAAAAUUAUUAAUUGUAACAAUUAAGGAUGAAAAAAGAAAUUUCCUGUUGUUAUUAUGCUACCUAGAUCUAUUUAUUACCCAUGUGAUAAAUGCUAUUAUGAUUUAUUUCUAUUUACUGUUUAAUAUGUGUGUGUAAAUAACAUAUGUGCUUGUUAUAAUAAUAAGAUCUGAAAGUUGUGUUCAACAUUAGGGACCAAUAUAUGAAUUAAAUUUUUUUUUACAAAUGUGUAUAUUUAGAAUUUGUAUAUAAUCUAAAGAGAUAUUAUUAAAUCUUUAUUAAUAUUAUUGCAUUGUGCAUUAGUUUAUAGUGUUGUUAUUUAAUAAGAUAUAACAAUGAUGAGAUGAAGUAUUAAAUAUAUAAACAUAUGUUAGUU